UUAUUAUGUGGCUUUUCAGGAGCAGCUGCUAACUAGCAUCGAGCCUCGUCUUCAAACAUGCUCUGAUUUACUCAGCUGGCAGGUUUGGAGGACAGAGAUGGCAGUGUGUGCACUGACCAUGCUGGAUGGGAUGGAGGCGGAGGUAACGGCAGCGGGUGGUGUGUUGCUCCUGGUCCUGGCUCUGGUCUUCGCUUGGCUCUCGACGCACGUGGCCGACCGGGGAGACCACAUCCUGGGCACCAUCCUCACCGUGGGCGCUCACGCCUCUCUGAUCGGACUGGGAGGCCACGAGGGCUACAGCGGAGGGCCUCCCAACGCCGACAACCCGGAACAGCAGACCCCCCCGCCUUCUCAGGAGAACAAGCCGGACGACAGCGAGCCGGGGUCUGAGAGGGGAGAGGGGGAGGGGACUGGGGAGGCAGCUGAGGGUGUUAGGACUGACCUCCUGCUGGACAUACAGAGCAAACAACCACAGGCUGGAAGACUGCACACUUCAGAUGACGAGGAAGACGAGGAUGAUGAGGAGGAUGAUGAGGAGGAACUGGAGGAGGAAGAUAAAAAGAUUCUGAAGCAUAUCCCUGUGUUCUCCAGCAUCAUCUCCCCCACCAUCAACACUGCCACUUCCAUCUCUGUCCGUCUGAAGUAUUUAAAUGACACGGAGGAGGUAGCGGUUGUAGAAGCACAGGACACAGUGGGAGUACUGAAAAGUAAAUACUUCUCAGGUCGGGAGCAUCAAAUAAAACUCAUCUACCAGGGCCAGUUGCUGCAGGAUCCCAAGAAGACUCUCCUCUCCCUCAACAUCUCACACAACAGCGUGAUCCACUGCCACAUCUCCCAGGCCCUACACGAGACAACACCGGAGGAAGGGCCUCAGUCUGGGGCCGGCGCGGGAGUCGGGUCCGGGGUCUCCGGAGGAUUCCGGGCCGCGGGCGUAGCCAUCAGCACCAGCAGCCUGGUGGUGCCCGUGUUUGUGGUGAUACUGGCCGUGGUGUGGUACUUCCGCAUCAACUACAGGCAGUUCUUCACGGCCCCCGCGACCAUCUCCCUCGUGGGAGUCACUGUGUUCUUCAGCUUUUUGAUAUUUGGGAUGCACAGCCGCUGAAGAGGCAGAGAGAGAGGGCACACACACACACACUUACAGCUGAAUGUUGUGAGGUAAAAUAAAAAACUGAAGCCGCGGGCGCCGCCUGGAGAGAGACGGACUAAUCAGAACGGGGAUCGGUGCAAACGCCACAGCCGAUUGGCUGUGAGAGAGAGGCUAGGUGGGCCCGUCUGUGCAUGUACCAAGAUAAAACAACAAGAUAAGUGCUUGUACAGUUUAUGUUGAGUUAAUAAUAAUCCGCAGUGAGUAAAGUUCAGCUGAAAUUGAACGAUACUUUAGCUCCUCUCCAAACUUAGUGGUUCACACCAUGUUCAAACACUCGGCUUCAUCUCAUCCGCUGUUAUCGUUGAAAGAGAUUCAUCAUGUUACUCCUCCGUCUUUGUUUUUUUUUAAGGCCACUGUGUUUGUGUUAAAAAAAGAAGUAUAAUUAACUUUAUAGAUGCCAGAAUCUGAAAUAUUUUGGAACCACUCACUUGUGUUGUGUUUUAAGUACCAUUAUUUUGUGUUAUAUGAAUGAGUCAAGCUCCGUGUAAGCAAAUGUGGACUGUACAGCUGCCAAUAGUUUUGUUGCUCAAAAACUGUUGCUUUGUAGAAAUAGGCCAAUUUAAAUAAUCACUAGACAAUUUGAGAAUAUAUUGUAAAUACAUUGUGUAUUUUCUGUAAAUAAAAUGAUAGAAUGAAUCAGAUGAACCUGCAUCUGGCACUUAAAGGAUUUGGAGGGGGACGUUCAAACCCUCCUGAUUAUGCUGGACUGCUCUGGCUUCAGUGAUGUCUCCAAUUAAAGCGUUUCAAACCAAA